AUCUGCUGACAGCCGUGCACACUGAGCCAGCAUCACUGAGAGGAGCUUAGGGGUCUCUGCAAGCUGGAUGCGCUGGUUUUCUUUGUCUUUCUUUUUUUUUCUUACAAAGGAUUACGUUUAAAUCAAAAGAAUUCAUUGAAGUUUCUCGAGCCUUCCACCCGCUUUAAGUGUUUUUGUCUUUUUUUUCUGCGCGUUUUUUUCCUUUUCCGUUACUUAUUUUGGAAUAAAGUUUGUCACCGAGUUGGUUCGAAGACGAGACCACCUCGAGCCCCUCUGCUUCUUGCGCGUGUCCUGCGAAGGCAGGCGGCCGACGGCUGCACCUGUUACCGCUUCGGAGCGGCGAUGAUCCCGCCGGGCGACUGCAUGUACGCCGGGAGGAAGAGGAGGAAGCCCGUGCAGAAACAAAAACCGGUGGCAUUCAGUGAAAAGAGCAACCCAUCCAAGAGACACCGAGACCGCCUGAACGCGGAGUUGGACCGGCUGGCCAGCCUCCUCCCGUUCUCGCCGGACAUCAUCUCAAAAUUGGACAAGCUGUCCGUCCUGCGCCUCAGCGUCAGCUACCUGCGGGUCAAGAGCUUCUUUCAAGCCAUUCAGGACAAGCCAUCGAGAAAGCAGUCGGGCUGCGCCUUCAGCAGCGAGGUCAGGAAGGACGGGCUGUCGGCGGGUGGGACGUGCCUCACGGAAAGUGACCUGCUCCUGGAGUCGCUGGCCGGCUUCGCUCUGGUGGUCAGCAUGGAUGGCAUGAUUUUCUACGCCUCGUCCACCAUUGCCGACUACCUGGGCUUUCAUCAGACAGAUGUCAUGCACCAGUGCGUCUUCGAUUACAUCCACGUGGACGACCGGCAGGAGUUUCAACGCCAACUCCACUGGUCUAUGAACCCAACGCCUCAGCAGACAUCCGGCCCGGAGCAUCACUUGGCAGCUGGGAACGGAGAGGACUUCGUCAUCAGCAGACUCUUUAAAGCCCACGAGUCGGACGGAGUGCCCCCCGAGUUUCACUCCUUUCUCCACCGCUGCUUUGUCUGCAGAGUCCGCUGCCUCCUCGACAGCACCUCGGGAUUUCUGACCAUGCAGUUUCAAGGACAACUGAAAUUCCUCCACGGCCAGAAGAAGAAGACAGCGGCAGGGGUCCUCUUGCCUCCCCAGCUGGCACUCUUCUGCGUUGCUGUGCCACUCCUGCUGCCUGAGGUGAAGAUGAAAAGUCUGAUGAUGAGGGGCAAACCCAAGGCUCCCGAGAGCAAGAGUCAGAGUGGGCCAGAAGUGGACAACAGGAGGGCACUGGGCUACUGCUACCUCAACUUCGCCAACAUGAUGCACCACUCAGAAAGUCAUCGAAAAGUGGCGACCAACGGGCACAGCGGGCAGGCCGUCGUCCGAGUGGUGAGCAACGAGGACCGCUGGCUGUGGCUGCAGGCGAACGCGGAGCUCUUGUGCAGAGGCAGCUGUCCGGAGUACGUCCUGCUAUCCCACUGGCACCCACAUGAUAAAGAGGAUGAAGAAAACGUAGUGAAGCCCCUCGCUAACAGCCACAUGGGUGACCAUGGCACUGGACGCCUGAGACAGCAGGGUCCUUGGAACGGGACCCCAGCAAUGGUCGACACCAUGAAAUCCAAAGCCCAGCCCAACAAGCUCAACGGCUGUCGGUUCACGCAGGACGAGCCCCUCAAAUUCUGCAAGUCCCCGCUGCCGGGGCACCGACCCGAAUGUCUGGAGAACGAGUGGCCGUCAAAGUGUUCAUCGGGGGCCCAAAAUCAAGUGGGCUUCCCAAACCGGCAUCACUUGGGGAAGUCGGGCGGCUGCAGAGCGCCCCCUAGCUAUCACCACAGCGACCCCCCCAAGUAUUACGACACCCCGCUGAACCCCGACCUGGACGGCUGUGUGACGGAGGCCCUGAAAAUGGACGCGCUGUACUCCGCUCAGCCACACAGGGUCCACGCAGACACGCCGGUGAAACUCGAGCACGACUUGGACGGCAGGAACGGCUGCCACAUGUACACUGGCGCCCAGGGCCGGGCAUGGGAGUGUAAGGAGUAUCUGGAGAAGGGCUUGGAGCUCUCGGGUCCUGAAGGCGUCCUGCUGAAGUCAGAGCUGGACUACCUGGAGCAGUACGCCGACUGUCAGAAGAGCAAAAGCAACUUCACCGCCCCGCUCAGUGAACAUUACGGCGAUGCGUGUGCCAGAAACAGAGCCGCCCGGUGCCCACCUACUAAGGACUUCACCCAGGUGGGCUCACAGGUGCCCAGCACCCACUGUUUGGACGCUUCACUCUGCUGGCAUCACCAUGUGGAGCACAAGGAGUACAACUGGUAUGAUGACAAGGACGUCUGUGCCUUGAGAGGUCAGCACGUCAUUCACUCCAUCAAACGCGAGCCCAUGGACUCACCCCCCUGGCACGAGCCACAGCAGGCGGGCAUGCAGACUGCACUGGCACACCAGGGGGCGACACCAAACUGCGGUUCAUAUACGGUGCCCCACAAACCCGCCCAGUAUUUAUAUCUGCAAUGAGAGCUGCCUGCUCUGGUAUUGCCAGGGUCUCAGAGGUGUGUGCCCACCUGACUGCUUGACCAUCAGCCUUAUGGUACAACUGCAUGGAAUAUGCGUUUUAUUAAAGCACUUUUCAUAAAAGACA